AUGGGGUUUGCUGAGAUCAAGGAGCGGUACCUGCGGCCGUACUAUCUUCAAGGCAGCUUCUUGCUGGGCUUCCUGACGCUUGGCCUGCGGACCGGCGCCAUGAAUUUCGUGUUUGCUGAAGACCCGGUGAGCUACCUGGGAACGGCAGUGGUGACGGGCGUGCUCACCAUGUCGGUGGCCUGGAUCCUAUUCGACUUCACAGACACUCCAGGCGGCGGGAACAAUUUCAACUCGCCGAAGUAG